GGCCACGACCGGGGAGAAAAUCCCGGAGUCGCCACCCUAGAGGAGUCAAUUCCCCAGCAGCUGCCGCCAGAGAGGCCCGCCCACCUGUCCCCUGCCCCGUUCACAAUGCAGCCUGCUUCUGCAAAGUGGUACGAUCGAAGGGACUAUGUCUUUAUUGAAUUUUGUGUUGAAGACAGUAGAGAUGUUAAUGUAAAUUUUGAGAAAUCCAAACUUACAUUCAGUUGUCUUGGAGGAAGUGAUAAUUUUAAACAUUUAAAUGAAAUUGACCUUUUUAACUGUAUUGAUCCAAACGAUUCCAAGCAUAAAAGAACGGACAGAUCAAUCUUAUGUUGUUUACGAAAAGGAGAAUCUGGCCAGUCAUGGCCAAGGUUAACAAAAGAAAGAGCAAAGCUUAAUUGGCUUAGUGUGGACUUCAAUAAUUGGAAAGACUGGGAAGAUGAUUCAGAUGAAGACAUGUCUAAUUUUGACCGUUUCUCUGAGAUGAUGAACAACAUGGGUGGUGAUGAGGAUGUAGAUUUACCAGAAGUAGAUGGAGCAGAUGAUGACUCACAAGACAGUGAUGAUGAAAAAAUGCCGGACCUGGAGUAAGGAAUAUUGUCAUCACCGGGAUUUUGAGAAAGAAAAAUAACUUCUCUACAAGAUUUCAUAAUUGGAAGAAUUCCUGAGUUGAUAGCUCUAAAGGCAGAUGCUAUUUGCCUUCUUUAACCCAUUUUUCAACUUGUUUGUUUUUUAAAAGGCUUCACUAAGGGUUGAUAAUGUACCAUUGUAUGGGGGCAAUUUUAAGUCAGCUAAGGCAAUAACCUUAUGCAUGAACAUUUCCCAGACUUCAUGAAACUGUUGAGGUCUUAGGCAAUUGAUAAAGCAGUUGUAAUAAAUAAAACAUUUCACCUAAGUCUCCUUUACUUCGUAACAUAGAUACUGACUUGAUAGGAAGCUCUCAGCUUAAGGAAAGAUAACCAAAUUUUAGAUUUUAGAACUUGGGCUCAAAGUGGCUGAAACAAACUGGCAGACACCUUAAACUGGUAACCUGCUCUUCCUCUGGUGUAUCUUCAGAUUUGUUCCACUAAAGUUUUAUUUUUCAAGAAAUUUACUUCACAUUAUUGUACGUUAAGUGAUCACUCAUCAGUGUUCCAAAUGUAUCUUAGCUAAAACUAGUGAAUGCCCUAAUUUAGAUGGUUUUUGAAGCCUGUACAUUUGGUAUUGUUUGACCCUUAAGCUUUUACAUCUCUUAGCAUGGAGGACGAAGAAAGGCUGUACAUUGUUGCUUGAGAGUCUGUACAUUUAGACCAAAUUUGUAUUUUCAUUGUCAGUAUGGCAAAUGAGUGAAAAAAUGUUAAUACACUAUUGGAUUUUUUUAUUAUUAUUAUUAUUUCUUUUUUUUUUUUUUUUUUAUUCAGCUUAUACCAGAGCUGAAAACCUCAAUUUGUGUUCAUGACAGUGGGGAUUUUUUUUAAUAUCUACAUUCUUUCUAAUAAACUGUUGGAAGACUUCUUGGUUGUCCUUUUAAGUGUCUGGUUUACUGUAAUUUCAUGUAUUAUUGCCAUUUGCUGGGAUGGAGUUUAUAUUUUUGAGGAAGAAUUUGUCAGUAUUCCUCUGUUUGGAAAAAAAAAAAGGCUUUGCUGUAAUAUUCACAGGAAACCUUUUUAAAGUGGAUCUGUAAUGGGAAAUUGUAGAUGCACUUUGCAGGUGUUGGAAAGAAAGUGUUGUGAUUUGAUUGAAAUAAAAUUAAAUGUUUUGUCCUCCUCUAAA